UAGACCUGGCCAAACUUAACAUUUGUUUAUUCAUUUGUUUUCUUCAUAAUUUUUUCCCCUAGAACAUUUUGUUCUAAAAGGUUUUCCAAUCAUGCACAUUUAUUAUGUUGACAACGAACAGCAACUUCUCAAACGUGGUGAAAUUCACUUAACCAAAACAAAAACCGGUUAACAUGCAUGCUUCAACUCGCUCACUCAAUCAUUCAACUCAACACUAGAGAGUGUGAUCGUUAAAUAACAACAAUAUGAAGCUUCAACAACAUUAACAGCGACCAGCAAUAACCGCAAGCCGAGCUAUGACGGGCACUUUUCAAUACACAUUUCAAUACAAAAGUAACAGUCGGGCGAGAAAGUUGUGUUGUUAAGUCUGUGUCGUGUAUCCCACUAAGCGAGAGCCAUAGAAGAGUGAAGCAAAAACAAACAAAAAUAAAAAAAAAACAAAUGAAUUGAAAAAAAAAAUAAUUAACGAAACAAAUAAUAAAAAAAUCACCAUAAAAAGAAAAAAAAAUAUAAAUAAAAGUGUUCAACAUUUUUUCCUAAUUGCAAUAAAUGAAAAUGUUUUAAAAAAUCAAAUAUUUCAUAAAAAAAGAAAUUGAAAAACAAAUUGUGCAGUUUGUAUUACACAUACACACAAGUCUUUAACUACUACUUUAACACCACCAACUAACUAACGGUAACGCGUUGCAUUGUUUUAAACCGUUCGCUCCAAAAUGAUUAUUACGCCUUCUUUAAUCGGUGGUUGGGAUAAACUCGAAUUAUGGGAUCAUACACCUGCUCUGCUCAUUGCCCUAUUGGUGAUGGUGUGCACCAUGGAGGUGGUACUUUGGAAGAUGACCAACUCUUUGUUUACCAGAUCCAAUCAUUUCAUCGAACAUGCUGCCGAUUACACGGGCUCCGAUGAAUACGAAGAUGAGAAUAUCUAUUAUGAGCAUUUGAGCAAUGACUAUGAUCGCAUGGUCUAUCAACGUCAAAGAGAGCAGCAACGUCAAAUGCAAAACCAAACGACCUCUUCAAGUGAAGGACAUCAGCAGCUGCAGCAAUAUUCCAACAGUCUACAACAACAAUAUCGACAUUUGACUGAAGUCGAUGAAGAUGAUGAUGAUUACAGCAUAACUCCCAGCAGGAAUUUCUAUCCUGGUCAUAAUUCAGGAACCGGAGUUUUUCGCUUCUUCAAUUAAGCAAGAAGUACUCAGAACUAAGUAUCCUAGCUGGAAUGGUAUUUUGUUGUUUUUGUAUAUAUGUAUUUUAAUUUAUAUAUGUAGAUAUGUUAGUCAUAGUUAAUCAUAAUUCGUGGAUGAAACCUAUACGUUACGAGUGAGUAAGACCAAUACGUCUUGGUUGUGUGCUGAGUGUGUGUGUGUGUUGUGUGCUAAUUUGAGCAAUGAGUGUUGUGCAUGAAGACGGGGUGGGUUGCCAAAAAAAAAAAAUGUAGCCCAUUUAUGGCAACUCUAAAACAUAUGUCCCCGUAAAAACAAAUUGCCAAUAGCAAAAAAUAGUGGCCACAUUUGAGUUCCAAAUUGGAAAUGUCAAACAUCCCGUUUUACAUUCACUUUUUCAUAAAUCCAUCAAAACCAGUUACAUUCAGAGAAAUGUGAUGUUCAUUUGUUUUUAAAUAUGAUGACGUUCUAAAAUUUAGAAAGAAGUGGAUUAAGAUUGAAAUGUCUCCAAGAAUUGAAAGAAAAAAAGAAAGUCAAAGAAAAAAAUGCCAAGCCCUCUCAAACAAAUCCCCAUAAAGUAUAACUUCAAAAAAUUUCCAUGAAUUUGAUUUUUUGUAACCAAAGAAAUUAACACAAAAAAGAUUUAUGAUAUCACAAAAAAAAGAAAACCAUGAAUUGAUUCGAUGAAUUUUUGAACACCAAAGUCUUUGAAGAGAAUGCAUUUGAAUAAAUUACAAAAAAAAAAAAUAGUUUUAAUGGAAAAAUUUAACUGUCAUUGAUGAUUUCAUGGCCUGAAUUUGUAAGGUUUGAUUUUGACUAUCUUAUAAAUUUCCCCACCCCAUUAACGCAUAUAUUGGGUUUUGUAUGUUGUAAGCCCUAAUUUGGCUUGGCUCAUCUUGUUAGCAUUUUGUUUUGCAAAAUUGUUGUUUAUUUGGAUUUGCUAACUGGAAGUUUUAUUGACAUUUCUCAAAAUAGCUAUGUAUAUUUACAAACGAGAUUAUGCCAGAAACUAGUAUUUAUGUAAAUAAUGUCAUGUCCCAAAAAUAUCAACUAACAUAUGUUUCCUAUAUUGAUUAAGGCAUUAUUUAGGGGAAUGGUUAUGGGGGAUUUUCUCAUAUGAAUUUAUUUUUAAAUGUUGAAGUUGUAACUGCUGAUUUAACACACAACCACAGUCAGUGGAAAAUGCUACUUAAAAAAGAGGAAAUUUUCUGAAAAAAUUCUUUUUUCCCACGUUAUUCCCUGAAAUAUUUAUUGGCUAUUUUUCUAUUCCAUUUGCAACACAUCAAAUUAUACAUUUGCAUACAUAGAAAGCAUAAAUUUUAGAUUGUCGUUUGAUGAAAUCACUCUUUUGCCUAAAGUCCAAAAAUGGGCUAUAGCUUAAUAUAGCACCAUUUAUACCGAUCUUCCGAUAAGAAAUCUUGAGUUCAUAAGAGUCGUAUAUAUAUAGUCGUACAUUUGACUCGAUUUCAAUGAACAAUAGUGCUGAGCUUUGAUAAACCGAUCUCCUUAUUUAAGGGUAUGUUUUCAGAAAUACGCCUUUUCUACCCUUCGCCGUUACCGUAAUUGCAUACACCCAUCAAUAUCUGAGUAUGACCAGAUCUGAACAUAUUUGUAUGGAGCUGCAAUACUGCCCUAUUUUCCGAUUAAAGUCAUUAAACAAGUGAAUUUUGGACGCACAAAAGCUGCAUUUCUUACCCAAAACUUACGAAAUUUGGAAGAGAUCCCUUAACAUUUGUAUAAAUUACUGUCAAUACCAACGCACUUUUUUCUAAAUUUUAAAGCAGUGAGUGGUGAGCCAGUAUUUAGCCCCUCAAAACCCAUAGUUUUAUUCUGUUUUCUUAAAGAAUACACUCAUAGAUAAAAAUGAUUUUGAAAAACAACAACUUUUGUCGAAAAAGCGACGACGAAAUUUGUUAAUUUUACUGCAACAAUUUAUUUUGAAUUUCAACAACCUAAAGUACAAAUUUGUUGUUGAAAGGCACUAUUUGCAAGCCAUCAUAUAACAACAACAACAAUAUGUCUAUAAGCAAGAAAAACAGCCAUUUAACCAGCCGGCACAUGUGCUUUGCUGCACAGCUUCGGUGUGGUGGUGUUUUUAUUUUCUUUGCUCGACUCGCGCUGCUUGUCCCGUUCGUUUCUGCUUUGCUUGCGGUUUUUUUUCUCUGUCACUCUCUCUCUAUCUCUCUACUAUUAAAGUUUCACAUACCAAUUCGAUAGUUGGUUUUUUCCCAGAGUCAUGUUUUUCUAUGCAGAAUCUAUAAGAAGUUAAUUAAUUCUGAGUUAUGCUCGGCAAUUUUUUCAAUAAUUAACUUUGUAUUUAUAUGUUGGAGAAACAUACCAAAAAUUGAGGCCAGCCUACCAAACUACCCAGAGAAUAAAAACCUACCAAUUUUGGUAGGAACCUACCAAAAACGGCAACACUGAUCACAACGCCACCAACGCAUGCCAGAUAAUAACGCUUCAAGUCUUAAUUUGCACUGAAAAAAAAAAUGUUACCCUUAGAAAUAGGAGCAUCUUUAAAUUUUUUUAGGUUAAAGUCCAUAAUUUAAAAAUUGCAUUUUUCAAAAAGUAAUAAGUGGACAGUCAUCUAUGAAGUAAACUAGGAAUCAAUCAACGAUCAAUAUUUGGAACGGAUGGUCUUGUCCGUAAGUAAAUAGGAAAUUAAUUUAAAGACAGCAUCUUUAAUUUUUUUUUUUCAGUGUAGAUAGUUUGAGUUAUAGUGAUAUUUUGCAACAUCGUAAAUAUUGACAUCAGCAUUUGUGUACAUAAUUUUACGCUUCAAAAAAUACAGAAUUGAUUUUAUUUUAAAUUCGUAUGUAGGAAUUUCUAUCCUACACCACUACCUUAGGACAGAAUAUUAUUAUUAUGGCAUGUUUAUAUAUAUUAACAUAUUACAAAUUUAGUCUAUUUAAAAAGACUUUCCAUUUCUCUCUGUCAUUUGCUAAAUAUCUUAAAUCGUCGAUGGAAUAUUUGAUCCAUACCAUCCAUACUUUCGUUUGAUAAUGUCACCGCGAAUUGCUUGUUGGUUAGUUAUAUGCCAUAAUGAUUUCGUUUGAUAUGGUUCGAAGUCACCAUAUUUCCAAUAUUCUUCGAGGGCAUCGGUUUGGGAACACUUGUAGUUUAUGGGUUAUAGUGCUGGUGAUAAGCCAAGUUUCAGAUCCGUAUAGUAAUAUCGAUUUAACACAUACAUAUGCAAACGCUUUCUGCGCCUUUUUAAUACGGUUUUCUACAUCUUCUGCCCUACCACAAUUUGUUGCUAGGAUGCUGUCGAGGUAUUCGAAGCGAUUCAAUUUGUCAACCUCAUCAUUAUGGAUUUUAAACGGCUGCUCGUUAUUUGCGUUAAUCCUCAUCGUUUUUUUAUAUUGCUCUUAUUUAUCUUUAGAUCAACUUUAAGUGAUUCUGCGGAUAGCUUAUUUAGUUUGGCCUGCAUUUCCGAAUAAGUGAAUGUUAAAAUCCUCGUCAUACUCCAGAUCCCCUAGUUUGUUGAACAUACUCCAACGUAAUCCAGAUGGCGCAUCGUCAAGCUUUUCGAACACGGUAUCAAGAAUCACAAUAAAUAUUAAUAGGGAGAUGGUGCAUCCUUGGCACACUCCACUCGUAGUAGCAAAGGGUUCGCUGUCGUAGCUAUUCUUGAUUAUCGACACAAUUAUUUGUGGAAUUCCUUUCGCUAAAAGUACAUUCCAUAUUUAUGUUCUAUUAAAGGCGUCGAAUGCCUUUUCAUAAUCUACGGAUGCCAAAUAGAGACUAGUAUUAUAUUCGAUUGAUUGCUCUAUAAUGAUUCUAAUUGUGCAUAUCUCAUCCUUUCUUGAUCUGCCCAAUCUGAAACCGGCCUGGUUCCUACGUAGCGUUUUUGCUAGUGGGUCAGGUAUCCGAUAUAAUAGAACCUUGUUGAAUAUUUGCAAAACUGUUGGUAGUAGCGAUAUCCCCCUCCAAUUACCACAUUUUGCUCUACUACCCUUUAAGGAAGUUUUGCUAUAAUUGACUGCUUCCAGUCUUGUGGAAUAGCUGCGUCAUCCCAAAUAUGCUUAAACAGAGGGUAUAACUUGUCUGCCAUAAUGUCACGGCAAACCUUUAUACAUUCUACCGGUGUACCUUCGAUUCCGACUGCUUUAACUUUCUUGAAGGUAUCAAUGGAAGAUUUGAUUUCUUCGUGGAAUGGAUUUUUAGUUGAAAUGUAGCCGUUCGUUAGAUGUAUCGUUGAUAUUUAAAACUGCGUCUGAGGGUUAUGAAAUAUGUUCACAGUUUUCUCGAAAUGAUUUCUCCAAAACUUUAUUUGGUCGUAUUUCGCUGUUAUAAGGCAUCCUGUUCCAUGUUGGUGCUUGAUGCAUUUUUAUUGCUGAGUUGUCGUAGGAUUUUGUAUAGGUCUCUGAUAUUUCCUUUGUUGGCAGCUGUUUGCGUUUCAUUUCCAAGUUUUUCGAUGUAGCAUUUCUUUUGGCUCUUUAUUUGCUUUCUUAUUUUCUUGCUUAUGAGAUUAUAUUCUUUUCUGAGUUCUUGUGCUAGCGAUGUAUUUUGUUCGUUGAGGAUUUUCUGUUUGAAGCCUUUCUUUUUCAAUAUGUUUAAAAGAUAUAGAAAAUUUCCGUAAAACAAAGUUAAGUCGUUUUGAGAGUAAAUGACAAUGGCAACAAAACAGGUUUAAAAAAUGAGGUCAUCUGAUUAUAUUGAGUUGGAUCGUAACCUCUGAAGUUAGAAAGAAACACCCUGUGAGUCAAGAGUCAGGAACAAUUUUCUGCGCUUUGUUUCUCCAGUUCCUUGAUUUAUAGUUGCAAAAAUUGAGAAAUAAAAUCAAAACGCUGAGUUAGGAUGAGGGUAAGAAUUUAGGAUUUUAUUAGCUGAACGGAUGGUUCGAGUUUAACAAGAAAGAGUAAGAAAUUGAAACUUACAAAAGAUAAUCUAAUCUGUCAUUAAAAAAAAAAAAUUAUAUCCUCAAAUUGCAUGGCAAGACAGUUGACAUUAAAAAGCAAAAGUAAUUGGACAUUUUCUUUACAAAGUAUGGGGUUACCAGUUUUAGCUAGAAAUCUAUGGGAUUUCCUUACAAAAGCAAAAUAUUUUCCAUAUGCAAAUCAUGCUCUUUUAAUAAAAAUCCAAUAAAUUGAAAACUAGCGCUCUAUUUGAGCUACAUAGUAACUCAAAUAGGAUAAUAAAAUUUUUUACAUCCAUUUCCGGCCCUAUUAUAAUCAUAAAAUUCUUAAAAGAUUUAAUGUCUGAAGCAAAAAAGUAAUUAUUUUCACAUAAAAGAAAAUUGUCGUGAAGUAAACUUCUUUAGUUAAAAACGUUGGGCUUUGUUUACGAUGAAAAUUAAAAGAGAAUAAAAUAUAAAAUGGUUUCAAUCACAAA